GUGACGCCCGAGCGCGCAGGAACGGACGGGAGCAGCCGCCGCCAUGUGCGACUUCUCGGAGGAGCAGACCGCGGAGUUCAAGGAGGCGUUCCAGCUGUUUGACCGCACGGGCGAUGGGAAGAUCCUGUACAGCCAGUGCGGGGACGUGAUGCGGGCACUGGGCCAGAACCCCACGAACGCCGAGGUCAUGAAGGUGCUGGGCAACCCCAAGAGCGAUGAGAUGAACGUCAAGACGCUGAGCUUCGAGCAGUUCCUGCCCAUGAUGCAGACGAUCGCCAAGAACAAGGACCAAGGGUGCUUCGAGGACUACGUGGAAGGGCUCAGGGUUUUCGACAAGGAGGGCAACGGCACCGUCAUGGGGGCUGAGAUCCGCCAUGUCCUCGUCACCCUGGGUGAGAAGAUGACGGAGGAAGAGGUGGAGCAGCUCGUGGCUGGGCAUGAGGACAGCAAUGGCUGCAUCAACUACGAAGAGCUUGUCCGGAUGGUGCUGAGCGGCUGAAGACCCCUCCCCAUCAUUCUGUGUCCCUCCCCUCAUCCUCUGUCCCUUCCUCACUCAAUUUUGUGCCUUUUUCCUCAUUCUCCUGUCACCGCCUCCACGUCCCCAAAACUCCCCCCUCAGCCCCACCGGCUAAAUUAUUGCUCCACGGCAUCAAAUAAAGUCAGAAUUGUCAUUGUU